UAAUUCUAGGAUAACUUUGUCAAUCCAAGAACACGUGCAGUACUGGUUUUUAUAAAUCGGGGUAUUAUUUUUUGGGUACACUUGCAAAAUGUAUCAAUUCAGGAAGAAAUUCAGACGCUCAAAUGACUUCUUUUACAAUAACGUGGAGAGGAAAGGAAACACACAAAAAGAUGAUGCGAAUAGCAGUGUGUCAUAUGAAUCUCAAUUUUUUGAACAAGUAAAUGAAUUUGGGGAUUUGAAUGAACAAAGUGAAGAUAUUGCUGAAAAUUAUGACAAGCACCAAGAGUUAACCACCAAAACACAGGUUUUUAAUGAUUCUGAAGAUAUUUUUACCAAGCAAUCUAUCUCUAUUAUUACAGAGGAAUCUAAACAACCAUGUCAACAUAGUCAAAGUCAUUUGUCACCCACUGGCCACUAUACUGGGCUAUUGUUACAGUUUGACUUUGCAUCAAAUGUAUCACGUCAGCAAUCCUUUGUUGUUCAUGAUUAUAAUGCAAACAAAAGAACAAUUAUGGUGAUGUCAAAUUUUAUUUCCAUAAUUUCAAUGUUGGCAUAAUUCAUUUGUAUUUGUUCAUCGAUAUCCCCACCUAUUGCUUGAUGGCUACGGUUGGAUAUUGUGCUGCUCAUGUGAUGCAAAUAGAAAGCAAUUUGUUGAAGCCCUACCUAAUAAUAUACAAUUAGAUCCUCAAAA